AUGGAGGAUGCCGCAGUUGAUGUUACUCGUCAGGCGGAGCUGGUGGUUAUGGAUUGUCUUAAGAGCUGGAACUGCCCCCGCGCACUCGAUGCGUUCAUGGAGAAGACGUCUGGUACUCAUGCGUCGGCUAUUGCGAGCGAGCGCUUUUCAAACGACAUGGAGUUGAAGAAGAAAGACAAAGACACCGAUGGGACUAGUGACAAUAAAGAGUCGAGCAGUCGACGACGAUCCAGCUCCAAAGAUGGCGAGGCGGAUGCUGCAAUGGAAUGGACGAAGGACGAGAUCAGUUCGUUGAAGAAGGCGAUCAAGAAAACAAGUGGCGUGGAGGACAAGAACGCCCGAUGGAAGCAAAUUGCGUCGCUUGUGGGGAAUGCCAAAACGAAAAAGCACUGUUAUCUCAAGUACAAGGAGCUCAAGCAGGAGCAAACCAGUGCAGCAGCAAAGAAGGCGUCACCUCGUCCACGAGAGGCCAAGAGCGCUCCGAUAGUAUCCGAUAUGCUUGAGGUCGAAGACUGCGAGGACAUGGGCCUGCUUCUCGAUCAGCCGACGAAAGGCAGACCCGCCCGGGCAACUAGCAACAUCGGCACUUCGUUUACUGGCGGCACCACGCGAAUUCCAACCGCCUCGGACGUCUCGGCCGUGCAGCAGCUACUCUUUGGAGCAAACAAGAAAGCGUUCAGCAGUCACUGGGACGAACAGGGGUUCGUAUUCUCGACGGUGCGCGAUCUCCAGUACGGGUUGGUUCAGCACCAGGGUGGCCCAUGUGGUAUCUUGGCAGUAGUGCAGGGCUACGUGCUGCGUUUCCUUCUACAGCACGCUCCAGUCGACUGGAAGAACCCUGGAGUCCCUCACCAAGAGCGCGCGUUGGUGCAGGCGUUGGCCCACAUCCUCUGGGAAGCUGCACAGACUUCUCGAGGCGAUAACCACACACCAGCUGAGUGCGUCGUUGCCGUGAAAGACAACAAUGGAGGCGGCCAGCGCAAGUUCAUGGCCGGCUUGAAGCUGCACGUCGCCACCUCCGAAGACCAAGCCCGGCAGAUAUUCACCGCUCAUUUGCCGCAGUUCAUGGAAUCCACAGGUUCCGGCCUCGUGCAGUUCGUCGUCUCCGUACUAGUCACUAAAGGUGUCGAGACGAUCAAGAGCGAGAUGGACCAACUCGCCCUUGAGUCAGGUGGCCAAUUGAUCGGAGCGCACGACUACUGCACGCAGGAGAUCGUCAACCUCCUGCUGUGCGGCCGCGCGCGCAGCAACGUGUUCGACGGCGACCAAGUGUUGGAAGGAGCGAGUGCAUCGGACCCCGAUGCCAUCGUGCUGCGCGGCAUCUCGUCCCAAUCGGAGAUCGGCUUCCUAUCGCUGUUCGAGGCCUACCAGAACCUGGUCGUGGGCUCGCACCUCAAGCAGCCGCGCGUGAAUAUCUGGGUGGUCUGCAGCGAGUCGCACUACUCGGUGCUCUUCGCCGCCGAGCCUAGAGCACUUGAGGAUCGCUCCCUGGAGUCCCAGUCCACCGUCGACUUGCUCUACUACGACGGUCUCGCCAACCAGGACGAGGAGAUCCGCCUGACCCCGAGCGCAGUCGCGAGCCACGACGACCUCAUUCCACCGCUCAACCUCGUGAUCCGCACCAAGUGGCCCCGCGCCACGGUGGACUGGAACGACGUCGAGCCGCUGCUCUAA